CUAGGGCGAGGCUUCUCUCUCGCGCCGUGCAGCAACGCGUGGUCCUUUAAAGCUCAUCGAAGCCUACGAGACAUGGCCGUGCCGCAGGUUGCCGCUGUUGCCGAGGGAGAUGACGCAGCGGGCGAUAAUGACGUCAACACGGCGGAUGACUCGCUCUCUUCAGACCUUGACUCCAACUCAAUGUCCGCCACACGGUUGUCCUUCAAGUCGUCGCGAGCGCGCGCGGCGGCGGAGGCGGCGGCGGCGGUGAACGUGGCGUUUGGGCGGCGGCUGCGCGUGUACGUGUACGACCUGCCGCGGGAGUUCAACUACGGCAUGGUGGAGCUCUUCUCGCGCAACCGAGACAUCGCCAUUCCCGAUGGCGUCGACCCUCCCCCCUAUCCCGCACAUCAGCACAGUGGCGAGUGGUGGCUGCUGCGAGACCUCCUUAAACCAGAGCACGAGCGGCGCAACUCCCCAGCGGUGCGGGUGGCGGACCCGUCAGACGCGGACGUGUUCUUCGUGCCCGUCUUCUCGUCGCUCAGCCUCGUCGUGAACCCGCUGGGGCUCGUGCGCAACUACCAGCUGCGCGCCGAUGCGUGGGACGACAAGGCCAUGCAGGAGCGCCUCAUGGACUGGCUCGAGCGCCAGGAGCCGUGGCGCAGGAGCCGCGGCCGCGACCACGUCAUCCCCGCGCAGGACCCAAACUCGCUAUUCACGGUGCUGACGCGGCUGCGGCGGGCGAUGCUGCUGGUGUCGGACUUUGGGCGCGUGGCGGCGUGGCAGGCGAACCUGAUGAAGGACGUGGUGGUGCCGUACGUGCACCGCGUGUCCACCUACUCGCCCAAGGACGAGGACGACGACCGCCGCCGCGGCGUGCACGGCAACAGGACCACGCUGCUCUUCUUCAUGGGCAACCGAUACCGCAAGGACGGAGGGGCGGUGCGCGACGCGCUGUUCAAGUCGCUGGAGCAGGAGGCGGACAUGACGCUGAGGGAGGGCACGCCCACUGUGGAAGGCAGACGAGCCACACGCGCGGGUAUGCGCACGUCGCAGUUCUGCUUGCACCCGGCGGGCGACACGCCGUCUGCAUGCCGCAUGUUUGACGCGAUUGUGAACCUGUGUGUGCCCGUGGUGGUGAGCGACGACAUCGAGCUGCCCUUUGAAGACGUGCUGGACUACCGGGAGUUUGCGGUGUUUGUGCCGACGGGCAAGGCAGUGAGGAAGGGCUACCUGGGAAAGCUGCUAAGGAGUCGCAAGAUGCAGGAGCGCCUGCCAGUCAUGCAGCAGAGGCUGCGAGAGGUGCGGCACUUCUUUGAGUGGGACGCGGAGGACGGCACAGUGAACCAGGUGUGGCGGCGAGUAGCAGCCAAGCUGCCAGCCAUCCGGGAGAUGAUCCACAGGGAGAGGCGCAUGGUGCGUGGGGGCCUCAGCAACUGCUCCAUGGUGUGUACAGCCCGCAGUGUUGACGCCCAGAAAGCCAGCACAGGCAGCACCAGCACCGGUGGCGGGGACAAUAGCACUGGCAGCAGCAGCAACGGUUCUGAGGCCAUGCCUUCCCCGCAAGCCGUGCCGUCUCUCUCGGCUCCUGCUGUUUCUCUGCCUGCGCCCACGUUGUCCUCUCCGUCUGCACCGUCGUCUGGCGAUGCUGUGGGUUCUGUGUCCACACCAUCGGUCUCCGGCUCCUCGGAUUCUCUGCUCUCGUCCUCCCUAAUGAAGGAGCGGGUAUCGUCAGCGGCACAUUUAAAAGCGUCGGGGAUUGGAGCAUCGGAAGGACUGGCAGGAUUGGAGGCGCCAGAAACGCCAGGCGAUUCAGAAGGGGGGGCUGAGGCAUUGGAAGCGUCGACGCGCGCAGGUGAAGCAGAAUCUGAGACAGAUUCUAAUCGGGAUUCAGAAUCAGAACCGGAAUCAGAGGCUACAUUGAAAUCUGAAUCGGCCUUGGAUUCGGAACCGGAGCUGGAUCGAGAUUUGGAAGCUGAAUCUGCGGCAUCGCCUGAUUCGGACUCGCCAUCUGAUAACAGUCAAGGAGACGGUGCUGGGGACGGUGGUGUGGAUGGCGGUGGGGAUGCCAGUGAAGACAGCAGUUCUGUCGAGGAGGAAUAG